AUGGAGCCCGAUUCCGACCAAAUGAGCGCGCCGGACGCGCACGAGGCCAAGGACCACGAGAAGCGCCGGCGCAUCCAGGCCGACGCCGACCCGGCGGCGCUCCAAGCCCACCACAUGGAGCUCUACCGUCUCGUGUACGAGGAUCUGCGCACCAAGUCGACGGUCGGGUGGCAGAACGCGGUCACGGCCUUUGAGACGGCGACGGCCCAUUCCGAGACGCCGGCGACCAUCGAGUUUCUCCAGCUCUGCUUUCGCCAGAUUGUGAGCAUCAUGCUCGACCAACAUGCGAGCAAGAUUGGCCCGACCGAGAAGGCCUGUGUGAUCCAGACGCUCACCAAGGGCAUCGUGCUCUGCGUCGGCCAGUUGAAGGCCCACCGCCCGGCGUUUCUCUCGCACGCCGCCGUGCUUCUCAACAAGAAGAAGCUCUUUUACAAGGAAUUUCGCAACUCGCACAUGAUGGGCCAGUACUGGAACAAGGCGACCGGGUGCCCCGAAGUCCGCCUGCAGUGCAUCAGCCUCUUCCACGAGCACGGCGGCUUCCUCGUCCUUGCGCAAACCAUCGAGGGUAUGGUAGAGACCGACGAGAGCGUCGCUUGCCUCGGCCUCGUGCCCAUGGACGAUCUCCGCGUGUUUGUCCUCGCGGUGCUCGAAGCCCGCCACAGCGUCGACGUCGGCCUUGUCUACCGUCUCUCGCUCGCAAUUCUCCGCCUCCUCCUCGCGCUGCCCGCGGCCGAGUUGAAGAAGGAAGCGACCGACGUCAUGGGCCACGUGCUCGGUACGAUCCAGCGGCUAUGGGACGUCCACCACGCGUCGCCGCUCCAGGACACGAUGCUGCAGGUCAUUGCGCGCUUCAUCGAGUCGACGUCGCUGCCGCAGCGCCUCUUUGGGUUCGAGCAGCUCGGCCAUCUGAUUGGCGCCGCCCGCCAUGUGCAGCCGUACCCAAUCUCGUACACGGUGAGCGGCGCGGGCUCACCGCAUGUCAAUGGCACGUACCUUCUCGUGCGCUCCGAGACGGAGGCGACCAAGUCGUCGACGGCAACAUACAUCCAGCCGAGCGUGAUCCCCACCACGAGUCCGCUCACGCUCUUUUGCUGCACGAUGAAGAGCGGCGCGAAAUGGUGGUUCCUCUCGGAAGCCGACAAGCUCCAGCCCGGCACGGACCAGGACGUCGACUACUACCAGCACCAGUCGUCGUCGCUCGACGAGUGCCUUCCGCCCGUGCUCCACUGGCAGCCAACCGGCAGCGGCGCGUCGCCCGCGCCAUUGCUCGUGCCGACACGCGCGCCCGAAGCGUCGAUCGACCCGGCGCGGUUUGACCAGCAGAUUCUGGCGUUCGUGCAGCGAACCAAGCUCGUGGACGAGAUCUUUGGCGACCGCAUGCACCGCGAAGUCGUGGCGCGCAGCACGACGUUGCUCACGUUCCUCGCCGAGUCGCACGCGAUCUCGGAAGCGCACUUGCUGCAGAUUGUCGCGUCGACGUCGGGGAAGGAAGCGUCGCUCAUGGCCGAGAUCCAAACGGUGCUAGUCUCGUGCGUUCUGCCGUACGUCUCGGACGCGAUGCUCGAGCCGUUCUUGGAGCACGUGCUCGCGUCCAACCUCACGGACGCAACGCUCUUGAUGGAGAAGAUUGCGGCGCAGUACCGCUGCAUCUUGCUGCGCCCGAGUCCGAACGUCCGCAGCGCAGUCGCCCGUGUGCUCUGGGCCAUCCAGCUGCAGUCGACAAAAGCAACGUCGUCGGAGCUGCUCGAGUUUUUUCAAGACGCGCUGCUGCACACGCCGAGCGACGCGUCGACGUUUGUCGACGCGUGCGUCGCGCAGCUCACGCUCUCGGCCGGGCAGUCGACGCCGCUCGCACUGGACGACGAGACGCUCAUUGCGCGCAGCCUCGAGCUUCUCAAAGUGCUCUUGACGGCGUCGACGCCGGUCGGGCCAUUGGUGGCGCUCUUGUUUGAUGAAAUUGCGGCGUUUGUCGCCCGCAACCCGGUCGGCUCGGCGAUUGCCGAGGCCGCGCUGCGCCACCGCCUCGAGUUGCUCCAGUUUCUGCACCACAGCAGCGCGCUCACGUUUGACGAAGUGCUUCGCAUCUGGACAGCGCUCCGCGUGCAUUACGCAGACGUGGGCUACGAGUUUUUGCGCGACGCGUCCGUCUUUGUGGUCGCGGACGCCGCGCCGCUGCAGAUGGACGUGUGUCGCCGUGUGUUUGAGGAGCUCUUGUGCGUCGCGGCCGAGACCAACUAUGCGUCGCUGAGCGUCCACGGCUUCAACUGUUUUCACACGUUCUUCAUUGGUCUCAACGCCCACGCGUCGCACCUCGUCCGGUCGCCGACCGCGAUCCGACGUGUCGUGCGGCUCCAUGCGCUCCUCGGCCUCGACGCGCUCUGGACGAUCGCGAUGGAAGGCGCGCCCGACGUCGCCAAGCUCGCGACCAACGAGCUCCUCCAAGUGUACGCCCACGUGGACGAAGGCGACCGCAUGGAGGCGCGGAUGCACUUUUUGUCGCAUGUGUUUGCGUCGCUCCAGCACACGCGGCUCGUGACGCAAGGCGUCCAGCUGCUCACGGGCUUUGUCGCGUCGCAGCCGGCGCGCCUGCUGCAUGGGAAGCGCUCGCGCGGCACGCAGCUCACGCUCAAGUGCGUCGUCCAGCGAAUUCCCAACCAGCUCCAGAACGAGCGCACGUAUGUGACGCUGACGGUGUUUGCCAACGACCCGGUCGCGCGCCUCCGGGCGCUCGUCGAGCGGACCGUGCAGCACCCAAAGAACCAGACCAAGCUCCUGGCGCAUAGCGCGACGCUCAUCGGCGAGGCCAAGACGCUCGCCGAGGUGGGCUUGACCGAGUCGACCGAAGUCCGCGUCGUCUUGUUUCAAAACGUCGUGACGAAGGCGGCGGACGAGGCGACGAUCUUUGCGCCGAGUGAGCUGGAAGCCUCGUCGCCCGGCGCGCUCCUCGCGGCCAACGAAGCGUACUUGGACGUGCUCUUUGGUCUCCUUGCGGCGUCGACAACACCGAAAGCGACGCAGGUGCUGCUCCGCGACCUCUUGCAGCAGAUCCCAACCAACCCCGACUGGCUUGCGCGCUGUGCGACGCCGCUCACGUCGCCCAAGACAGUCGCGUCGUGGCUCGCAGCAAUGCCGUACCCCAAGGCGGUCUACGUGCUCGAGGUGCUCGACGGUCUCCUAAUGCCGUCGUCGAUGGCGCAGCGCGUGUACGACGCAGCGUUUGUCGCUGCGUUUGUGCGCUUUGGCAUCCCCGACGUGCUCGACUUUCUCUUUGACGUGGCCAAGGAAGAGCACGGCAUUGAAGUCGCGUUGCGCAUCGUCAAGUUUGGCUGCGUCGAGCACGACAGCGUGUCGGCCAUGGCGCUCGACGUCCAAGAGGCGCUCGUGACGCAUCUGACGACGCUCGUGCUCUCGCAACAUGCGCCACGCGUGCUAUUAGACGCGCUCGAGCUCAUUCAGGCGACGACGACAGCGUCGCAGUGGUUUGUCCAAGUGUUUUCGAUCUCGCUCGAGAUGACGCUGCUGCAUCCGUGCGAGCCCGUGCGCGCGCAAUGGGCCUUGACGCUGCAGCGCCAGGCCAAGGACGCGGGUGUGCUCCUGGGCCCGCUCACGGCCGCGAUCGGCCAGCUGCGCGUCGACUCGCCCGUGUGCCACGAGCUCUUUCAGCUGCUCGAACACGUGGUUGAGCACGCGCCGUUGACGGCGCUGGACGCACUUGUGGACCAUUUGCUGCAGCUCUUGACGCCGUCGACGUCCAACCCAGUGCUGCUUGGGUCGCUCCAGGCGCUUGCACACAUUGUGUCGCUCGCGCCGCAGCACGCGGCCAAGGUCUGGGAGGUGGUUUACGACCACGGCCUCUUUGCCAUGCAGACAUCGGAAGGCCACCGCGCACGGAGCCUCUGCACAACGACCGACACGCGCCGGGCGGCCUACAGCGUCCUCGCGCACACAGUCAAGCACGCGCCGGCCAACCAAGCGGCGUUGCGCGCCAAGCUCGGCCAGCUGCUAACCGAAGCCGCCAACCCCAAGAAAUGGGGCCAAGAGUGCAAUGUGGUCGCGCGCGCCAGUGACGACCAUGUGGGGCUCAAGAACCAAGGCUGCUCGUGCUACAUGAACUCGUUCUUGCAGCAGCUCUUCAUGUACCUUCCGAUCCGGCAAGGGCUUCUCGCAGCCGCGAUCCCCGACUCGUUCCAGACGAUUCAAGAGGACGGGGAUGUGGCGACGAUCGCACCGGCGUCGCUCAUCGGCCGGCGCAUCAUGCACGAGUGCGGGAACGGCCGGUCGUUUGAGGCGCUCAUCACGGGCUUUGACCCGAGCACGAACCAACAUACGAUCAAGUACGACGACGGUGGCGCCGACUUUUCGAUCCAAGUGCUCGGCAACGUGCACAUGACGCUCUUGCCGCCAGUCUUGGAAGGUGACGACGCGACCGUCGAGGUGCUGCGUCAGGUUCAGCGCACGUUUUGGUAUCUCAAAGACAGUGAGAUGCGCUACUACAACCCGAAAGCGCUGGUCGAAGCCUGCAAGUGCUUGAACCUCGAGUUUUCGGUCUAUCAGCAGAAUGACGCAAGCGAGUUUUGCGACAAGCUCCUCGACCGUCUCGAGAUUGGGCUCAAGAAGACACCGCAAGGCGCGGGCUGCCUCCAAGCCAACCUCGGCGGCAAGCUCAUUUCGCAAAAGCUCCCGCAAGGCUGCGGCCACCGCUACGAGCGCGAAGAAGCGUUCAUCCGGCUCGAGCUCCAGAUCCGCGGCAAGGACUCGAUCGAGGAGUCGCUCGCGAGCUUUGUCGAAGGCGAGGUCAUGGACGGCGACAACAAGGUCGAGUGCGAGCAGUGCGGCACAAAAAAGGCGGCGACGCGCCGCACGUGCUUUGGUGCGCUCCCAAACCUGCUCGUGCUCCACCUCAAGCGCUUCGACUUGGACUAUGCGACGUUCGAGACGGUAAAGCUCAACAACCGGUGCUCCUUCCCUCUCGAGCUCGACAUGCGGCCGUACACGAAAGAAGGCCUCGAAGACGACGACGCCGAGAAGGAUGGCGAGGAUGCGUCCAUGAUGCCGGACGAGAGCAGCGCGUAUGCGUACGCGCUCCGCGGUGUGCUCGUGCACUCUGGCGUAGCCCAAGGCGGCCACUACUACUCGUUCAUUUUGGACAAGGCCAAGAACGAGUGGUUCAAGUACGACGACGAGGACGUGAGUCCGUUCGACCCGGCGCACAUUGAAGCCGAGUGCUUUGGCGGCACGCAGAAGCGGACGUCGUCCUGGAACGGCGUGACCAACACGAUGGAGAUGGAAGUGUUUUCGAACGCGCUCAUGCUCUUCUACGAGAAGGUCGAGCCAACGCCGGCGCCGACGCCGAUCGUGGUGCCGUCGCCGCUCGCGCACGAGGUCUGGGUCGCCAACGACGUGUUUCUCAAGCACUCGUACGUCUUUGACGCCGACUUUCACGAGUUUGCCAAGGACAUUAUCCUCCAUGCGGAUGCGGUCGAGUGGUAUACGCUCGGCCUGGCGUUUGUCCUCGACGUGGUCUUGCACUCGCGCGAGAAGAAGGGCAUUGCGCGCUGGCUCCAAGCGCUCCAGCAUGCGUUUAGCGCGCACCCCGCGCUUGUCGCACGGUUCUUGGACGACGUGAUUGGCGACAAGAAGGCGACGUGGCUCACGACGUACCUCUUUGAAUGCCCCGACGGCAUGGCGCGCCAGACGUUUGUGCACUUGGUCACCCGUGCGUUGCUGUUGGCGCCCCCGGAGCUCACGCAGCGCGUCAUUGGCGCGCUCGUCGGGCUCUGGAAUGUGGUGUUUCCGUUGUAUGUGGACGACUUCUUCAACCUCGUGCGCCAUCUCUGCGAGCAGUCGCCCGCGAUGCGCGCGCAGUUUCUCGGUGCCAACAUGUGCAGCCGCCUCGUGCAUUUCUUCCUGGGCGCGCGCAGCCUCCCGCCGCUCCAAGCUGCGUACCCGACGGCCGCGCUCUCGAACGCCCAAAUGGACUUUCAACCGCUCUUUGAGGCGCUCGCGGGCUUGCUCGGGCUGCCCCGCCGCGUGCCGGAGCCGCUCUUGGCCGACGGAUCGGUGCACUCGAUCACGCUCAGCACACGGGCGAUCGCGGCGUUCUCGGAGCUCUUUGACGAGUUUGCUGUGAACGGCGUCAUGGGCGUGAAUGAACUCAAGGCGUACUUCAAAGCGUGCGGGACGACCAUGUCGACGGCCAAAACCGCGGGCAAGAAGAUCAAGGCGAUGCUGGCGGCCGGCCCCGAGCUCAACAAGGCGGCGUUCCUCGCGCAGUACACGGAGAUUGCGUCGACGUCGUCCAAGAUGGUGCUCUCGGAUCUCAAGGCGCAUGGGUUUGGCGAGAACCUCCAGCGCCUCCCCAAGCUCGACCCGGCAAACGACGAUGCGCGUGCGUUUCUGCAAAGCCUCCCGCCCUUGUGCCAACAUGCGCUCACGCACCCGGACUUUCUCGAGUCGGCGCUCGAAGAGGACCCCGAGGCCAUUUGCGAUGUCGUGGUCCGCGUCUCGUUUGGCGUUGCCAGUACGUCGCAAGUCGUCGUCGGCUGUCUCUUGCAGCAGCUGGCGACCGCCGAGAUGGGCUGGAAGGGCCAAGCUAUCGUCGACGUGGCAACAACGAUCUUGUCGCAGCUGCUGAGUACCUGCGACGAUGCGCUGUUGAACGCCACCUUUGUGCAGGCGCCAACGUCGCUGCUGAUGGCGCCGCGCGAGCGCGCGACGCGGCUGCCGCCCCACCCGCACACGUCGCUCUUUGUGUUUCGGUACCUGGCGCUGGUCCUCGACUUGCUCAAGGUACCGGCGGUCGCACAGUACUUGGCACCGCGCCGCGCCGAGUGGGCGUGGACGUACCAAUGGCUGCGCUUCGAGUCGCUCAAGCAGCCGCUGGGUGGCCGCGCAAGCAUUCUGUACCGCGACCCGGCCAAGCUCGAUGCGCUUGUCGCGCUCGGCGAUGCGCUCGGGAUUCCAUACACGCCGGAAGAGAAGAGUUAUGAGGUCAAGAACGCCGGGUUUGCGCCGCUCAACGGCGUCUACACGGUGCAGGCGCAGACGCAUGACAACUGCCUCGUGUUCUGCCACUCGUCGUCGGUCAACGGCACCGAGUACACGCUGUUUCGGUGCGAGAUGCCGAGCAAGGCGCACCGGUGGUACCUCUCGCACGCGCCCAACAAGCAGACGCUCGGGACGUCGAGCGAUGAAGACUUUUACUACUGCGCGUGCACGGUGCACGAUGAUACGCCGCCCGAAGACGGCUGGAAGCCGUGGACAAAGAACGCGGCAGCGACGUUGCCGGUCCCCAACGUCUCCUUGCACGCGUCGUCGAUUGCGACCGCCGAGCCAAGCGACGACACGAUGAUGAUGGACGACGAGGACGAGACGGUCGAGUACGAAGACAGCGAAGACGAGAUCCGCGUGAGCAACGAGCGCUUCCAGGCCGUGCACCUCGAGUCGCCCGACACGAGUGGCCCGAUGUAAGCUCCUCGUCUAGUCCUAUUGUUUUUUCAUAUUCCUUGUCGUCGCGUCUGGUAUUUGCCGAGACGACUACCACUUUCGCGCCAGAUUAGCACUGGUGGCUUGGCAGAUGGAUUCAAAAUCUGGAUCGAGCUAUCUGGAGUCGAAUGACAAGCGAUACAGAAAGCUCCUUUUCAUGCCA